UAAAGUCUUCCUCAUCCUCUGUGAGAGGAGUCACUGGUUCGAAACCCACCUCUGCCCUGUUUUCCAUCAAUUUUUUUUUUCGUCUUCUUCUCCAACCAACCAAAACUCCAUGGACAAAAGCGAGUCCUCUGCUCCUCGCCGGAAGGGAAGGUUCAAGCCCAAAGCUCAACCCAGAAACCCCAAAACCACUGUGCCCACAACUGAGGUUGAAGAUGCUGAGAAAGAAGAAAGAGAAGCCAAGGCUCUGCUGCGAAAGUUCCAGGAGAAACAGGCUAGACGUGCGCCUAAAGCUGAGAAAAAAUCUACUGUGCAAGUAGCAUUUGGUCCAGGAGCUGCAUCCUCAAGCUCCUUGAGGACAUAUGGGGUACCGAAGGUAGAAAAUCUUGAUCAAGGGAGCAGCUUAGGAGUGAAAGGCUCUGACAAUGAUCAAAUUCUGUCACCUUCACCUUUGGCUACCAGUGGAGCUGGAACUGAUGCACCUAUGGAUAUUGAUAUUGCGGAUGCAUCAAUUUCAAAUGUCAAGAAUCAAUAUAUAGAGAUUUGGGAUUAUGAGAACAGCAAAUAUCCUACUACUCUUCCGCUGAGGAAGCCCUACUUUGGAGACCCAGACAUUCUUAAUGAGAAGGAAUUUGUUGAGGAUGCUGCAAAGGAGUAUGAUGAGAGUACUAUAAAUUGUUCUUCAGAACUCGGGCUGCUGGAGCAAAAUGCGAAAGAGAAGUUGCUCUUUGUUCAGCUGCCUCCUACUCUACCAUUGGUCAAGCGACCUACUAGUGCAAAGGGGAAAGAGAAAGUCGGAAGCUCAGCACCAUCAGAGAAGGUAGGUGCUGCAAAGAAGGGCGGUAGUUUGGAAGAGUUAUCUGAGGGGUAUAUGGGGAAGAUGCUGGUUUACAAGAGUGGAGCAGUCAAGUUCAAGCUAGGAGAUGCACUGUAUGAUGUUUCACCCGGUUCAGAUUGUAUAUUUGCUCAAGAUGUUGCUGCAAUCAACAGUGCAGCGAGAAAGUGUUGUGUUCUUGGAGAGCUUGGCCAGCGAGUUGUUAUAACUCCUGAUGUGGAUUCCCUACUAGACGCAACGAUUGAGUUGGACUAAACGCAGCGAUAUUACCUCAUUCACAUAGUGAGGCUUAGCUAGUGGGAGAAUGUGCGCAUGAGAAACCUGGUAUUGUUAGAUAUGUAAAGGCAUAUAUGUUCAUAGAGUCACAAACACUCUGCUACUGUGCUGAGUGGGAUGUAAAGCGUCAUAACCUGUAGUGUAGAUUAAGACUUGGUAGGUAAUAUCUGAUCUAAUAUGCUCUUUACCCAACUGUUCUGGGAACAUAGAAGGCUAUUACCGGUCUUGGAGGAUGACAAUAUUUCUUGCUGUACUGUUAUCAUUAGAUGAGUUUAAUCACCUAUAGUCCCUGGAAUUCAUUAGAUUUACUUGAAGGUAAACAUAAUCGUGAGCUUACAGGAAGUAAUUACAUGAGUUUAAUCACCUGGUCCCUGAAACUGAUACCAACCUGCAUAGAAUGUUAGGGUUUCUAUAUAAUGCAUGCCUUGGACGACAAUGAGAUCCACCAUUCUCUAGUCUCCACAAGCAAUUCUCAUUCCAAUUCUAAAUAUAAGCCCUCGGGAGGCAUUGUUCAUAAGAUAGCGCAAAGACGGUUUUGCCCUUCUUUUUUUCGUGAUAGAAGGUUCUGGGGCGUGUUUGCUUCUAAUUAAGCUUCUUUGCUUGGCACGAAGAGAGAGAGAGAAGAAGGAGUUCUGGGGAAUUGAAAUAGGACGACUGUGGAGCCAAUCAGUCCGGAUUCCGAAUUUCAGGUAAGCUCCCAAGCUAAUUGAGUGUACGGAGAUUCCUACUCUGCCUCGGAACUCUUUGCUUCGUGUACGGCUAGGGAUUUCAUCUUUUGCUCGAACUUCCGGCGAAGCCCCAGCGCCACAGAACUUACCGAUGACGAAAAGAGGUUCAGCUUGGAAUGAACUCAAGCAUUUCAGGCAAGCCAUUGGGUCCCUGGUAUCUCUUAUAUCUUAUGUUAUAUAUACCAUUUCUUUCUACUUCCAGUAACAAUGGUGAAAGCAAUAAAUGGGCCAUUAACGCAGUACAAGAACUUAGUUGAACAAGGAAAGCUGCAACAUGAUCCGAACCAAGGUUAUUUAUGUGGAAUUGAUUUCAGUGGCCAUGAAUGAGAAUAGAUAAAGAGAGAUGAGGACAGCUUCUCCACCAGAAAUAGGAUUCUCCGCGGAGAUUUGAACCCUGAGAAUAUUCUGUUGGACAAAAGCCUCUUCAUCUCCAUAUUAAAUUGGCAGACUUUGAUCUUGCAACUUACAUCAGGCCUGCAUAUCAGAGUUUGCAUGGUUUGGUGGUAAGUCCGUUUUAUAUAGUGCCUGAGGUACUUGCUGGGGGCUAAUGUUGAGUGCAGGGGAAAUUCUUUACAUUCUUCUUAAAGGUUGGUGAAGGAUCCAACUCAAAGGAUUAUCCAUCAAUCAGAAACACAGACUCAGAAGAUGAAGAGAGUGGUUCCUCCGAAAAUGAAGGAAGAAAAUUAAAAAUUAAGAAGGAAAGUGGAGAAAUUGCAAUCCUUUGUUGCUAGCGCUGAUGAUUCCAAAAAUUAGUGGGUUUUACAUAGGGCUUAUGGUGCGAGACAGUUCAUCCAGAUUCAAUCCAGAUUCACAGUAUAAUCUAUUACUGCUGUUAUAUGCAUUGAAUCUGUUGAAAGGGAGGCUGUUGCUAUAAGGAAUAUAAACAAGUGCAUCAAAUUAAGUCUUGAUUCCUCUCAUCUACUCCCUGUUCUUCCCUCAUCCAACUCAAACUGCAGAAGAAUCCAGUUGUACGGGACCGUUUGUUUACUGCUGUGUUGGUUGGAGCAUUUGCUCAUGGCUUUUAUUUGGUGUAUUUUAUUGACAUCGAAUUUUGUUAUAAUUGUUAUACUGGUGAGAUCCAUGAUAAGCAUUAAUACCAAUCUAUUCAAUAAAGUUUCUACUCUACUAUGUAAAUCUUCUUUUUUUUUAUCAGUUAUGAAUUUGGUCUCUUGCUAUUACUGGUUCUUAUUUGAUUAUUCUGAUCCCUAAUACUUAAACCUGUUCAUUUUAAAUCCUUACCCUAUGUAGUUUCCAUUAUGGUAAAUGUUUAUUUUUCAGCUGUUUUUAAAGUUUUAUUUAUGAUGGUGACCUUUUUGACAGUUUCCUCCGCCAUGUGUUGAAGUUGGAUAUCUUAUUGCACCGCCAGGAGGGAAACCAAUUGCACCUCAUAGUGAUUGGAAACGAUCAAAAAUUAUUUUGAACCAUGAAGAGCUUCAACAGCAGGUCAGCAAAAGCUGCAUCAAACCCCUGGUGACAGUAGUUCUAAAGCACAUCUGGGAAUGGAAGGGCUGUGUAUAUGGAUUUUUUUUCUUCUUAUCAAUCAAUUAACAACUACUGGGAGAUGUAAAAUUUUGUGCAUUAGUAAUGGUACAGGGUGGUUCUUUGAUAGAGUCAGGAGGCUGCCGUCAUUAGUAAUUCAGUUUUUUAAGGGUAGUCAGUCCCUAUAGUAGGGUUUCUUUGCAAAUUUUGUUCCUAUUAGGUUAUCCUAUCUCUAAGUAAUGAGGCUAAACAUCAGACAUUUUAGUGUGGAUGGGAAUUAAUGAUACAAGAUGCCACAUUAUUUAUCUUAAGAACUGCUAACAAGAAAUUUCUUAGGUUUUCUGAAAUUUUGCCACAUUACAUCUUUUCUUUUGUUGUCUAUACAAAAUCGGUUCAUAAUUCACAGCAGAAGAACAAUUCAAUCUGGCACCGAGCUUCUUUUGUUGUUUCUUAUCAUGUUCUUCAGGAUCUAUGAACCUUAUUUGCUGCUACAGAAGUCAUUUAUGCCAAGAGGCAACUGCUAGGCAAUCUCCAUCUUAAUGGCAUUUUGAAAUCCCCUUUUGAGAGUGAGGUAUAUAUGCUGCACAUGCAUCUCUGUUUGAGUAAGGAUUUGGCUGGUUAAGGGUGCAGUCCAUACAGAUAAUGGGCAGAGCUUCGGCUUUAUUAGUAGCAGUACCACAUGGGCAAGCGUAUGGGGCUAAAUAGUACCACAUACUUGGAGUUCAUAUGGAAGAAGGAAUGCUAACAUUGUUGACAGUGAGCAUUCCCUUGGCCGUCAUUUGGUUUUACACAAGCACCAUUCUCAUUCCUCUUGGCAAAGACUGAGAUAUCCAACGAAGCAGGAACUUUCAACCUAUGGAUGAUGCUGAGUCUUUUCGCGUAUAGCCUCCUCCAGUGCCACAGUAGUCCAAUGCCUCAGUAGAUUCUUAUAGACGCAAACAAUACUAGCUGUUUUAAUAUGUAGGAAUGAUAAUAUUUUCAGUUAAACUUUCUCUGAUUACAAUUGUCACUAUCACGAACAAAUUUUAGAAAAGAAAAAACAAGCCCACAGC